GAAAUUGAAAAUAAAGAAAGUUGAAAGAUUCAAACUUCAAAACCUCAAAUCAGUAUGUCAUUUUCACUAAGAAAAUUUUCUUGGCUGAAUUGAAUACAUGUUUUGGAAAGUUGAAAACAGUUUUCUUCUCUAUUGACUUUUAAGAGUGAAGAAUGUGACACUAAAUUCUCUUUGCCAUUAUAAAAGAGUGAAUAAAAUAACCCAAUUUUAUUCAGAUCAAGCUUUAGAAACAGAUCAAUCAACACCAUGAAAAGAGUUUCACAAACUCAUUUCUCUGUUCUUCUUCUUAUUCUUCUUAUGUUUGUUUGGCUUCCAUUGAAGAUUGCUUCUUCACCAAGAACACUAGCAGAGGCUCUCAUAACAUGGAGGAACAACUUGGUAUUGGAACCAUCUUCUCUGGAUUCAUGGGACAGCAACAACAUCAACAAUCUUUGCAACUGGACUAAUGUUGUCUGUGACGGUUCCAUAGGAGAAGUCUCUCAAAUAGACCUCUCCAACAUGGACCUCAAUGGAACAUUGGACAAGUUCAACUUCUCUCCAUUCCUUAACAUCACGGUCUUCAACCUCAACAACAACAAACUCGCUGGCUCGAUACCAACAACCAUUGGUAAUCUCACCAAGCUCACUUUGUUGGACUUGAGUGAAAAUUAUUUUGAAGGAGAAAUUCCAAUGCAGAUAAGUCAAUUCUCAGAGCUUCAAUAUCUUAGUUUGGACAACAAUUAUCUUGAGGGUCCAAUUCCUUUCCAGCUUAGCAAUUUAAAAAAGGUAUGGUACUUAUCACUUGGAGCAAACUAUUUGGAAAAUUCAGAUUGGUCUAAAUUUUCAAGCAUGCCUUCCUUAACCUACCUUGAUCUUUAUAAGAACCACUUUAGUUCAACAUUCCCAGGCUUCGUAUCAAAGUGUAGGAACUUGACCUUCCUUGACUUGUCUGAAAACAGUUGGACUGGGUCAAUUCCACAAUCUGUAUUUUCCAAUCUUGUCAAACUCGAAUCUUUCAAUCUCACAGAUAACAAAUUUGUGGGACAUUUGUCAUCUAAUAUUUUGAAACUUUCUAAGCUCAAACACCUUCAUUUACACACAAAUUUCCUCAAAGGUAAAAUUCCUAGUGGAAUUGGUCUCCUACAUGAUCUUGAGGUUCUUGAACUACAUGAAAAUUCCUUUGGUGGGAGUAUUCCUUCUUUUAUUGGCCAACUCAAAAAUCUAUUACAUCUUAAAACUUUGGAUCUUUCUUAUAAUAAUCUCACGGGUCCAAUUCCAACUUCUCUAUGCAACCUCAAAAGCCUCAUCUUCUUUUAUGUAAAUAACAACAAUUUCACUGGUUCAAUUCCUUUAGAGAUUGGAAACUUGAAGAAACUUAAAACACUAGAUCUUUCUAAGAACCAUCUCACGGGUCCAAUUCCAAUCUCAUUAUGCAACCUCAAAAACCUAAUCACUUUUUAUGCAGAUACCAACCAACUAUCAGGAGUAUUGCCAGUUAAUAUUUCAAGGUUGAGUAACUUGGAGGAGUUAGCUAUUUUUACUAAUAAUUUCACUGGUUCAAUUCCUUCAGAGAUUGGAAACUUGAAGAAACUUAAAAGUUUGGAUUUUUCAGCAAACCAUCUCACAGGUCCAAUUCCAACCUCAGUAUGGAACCUCAAAAGCCUUACCUCUUUUUAUGUAAAUACCAACCAAUUAUCAGGAACGUUGCCAGUUAAUAUUUCAAGGUUGAGUAACUUGGAGCACUUAUUUGCCUUUACCAAUAAUUUCAUAGGUUCAAUUCCUUCAGAGAUUGGAAACCUGAAGAAACUUAAAAGAAUAGAUAUUUCUGAGAACCAACUCACAGGUUCCAUUCCAACCUCUUUAUGGAACCUCAAAAACCUCAUUGUAGUACAUUGUUUUGACAACAAUCUGGUUGGAACCAUCCCGCCAGAGAUUGGAAAUCUAGAAUUCCUCACAAGUUUUGAUGUUGACACCAAUCAACUAUCAGGAGAGUUACCAGUUAAUAUUUCCAAACUUAUUAACUUGAAGGUGUUCAAUGUUCUUGGCAAUAAUUUCACUGGGGAAAUAGAUAGAGACUUUGGGAAAAACAAUCCUCAUUUGAACUUCGUCGGGUUUGCUGACAACAAUUUCGUUGGAAAACUACCACAAAAUUUGUGUAGCGGGUUCAAUCUAGAGUAUUUGGGUGUAUAUAACAACAACUUUACAGGACCAUUGCCCAAGUGCCUGAAAAACUGCACCAAAUUAAAUAGAGUAAGGCUUGAUGGGAAUCGAUUCACAGGCAACAUCACCAAUGCUUUUGGUGUUCACCCACAUCUUGAUUCCAUUUUCUUAAACAACAACCAAUUCAUCGGCCACAUCUUAAGUACGUGGGGACAAUGCCAAAAUCUCACCACAUUACAGAUGGGUCAUAAUAAAAUCUCUGGUAAGAUUCCACCUGAACUUGGGAAUUUGAUGAAGUUGCAACUCAGUUGGAAAAUCUUAAACUUUUGUACCAGCUUAAUCUCAGCAAUAAUCAUUUAACGGAGGAAAUCCCUAUGAAUCUAUCAAACUUGAGUGGGUUACAGUAUCUUGAUUUGUCGACAAACAAUUUAGCAGGUAAGAUACCAUAUUGGCUUGGUAACUUUGAAAGUUUACGUAGCUUAAACCUCAGUCACAAUAUUCUAUCAAGUGAAAUACCAUCAGAGCUUGGUAAUUUGGCCUCAUUGCAUGAAGUAUUGGAUCUUAGUAGCAAUUUACUUGUUGGAGUGAUACCCUCGAGCCUAUCCAAGCUUACAAUGCUAGAAAUUUUCAACAUCUCCCAUAACCACCUCUCAGGUAUUAUUCCACAAUCAUUUUCCAACCUAAUAAGCAUAAGUUACAUCGAUUUUUCUUACAACAACUUGACGGGUGAGAUCCCCAUUUUCCAAAAUGCUUCAAAAAGUAUUUAUGAUGGAAAUCUUGGAUUGUGUGGAAAAGCUUCAGGACUUAAACCCUGCAAAAUGAAAAGAAAUAAAACUAGGACUAAUCUUAUUUUAGUCAUUUGUCU